AUGGAUAAGAGGACGACUCGGUCCGCGACGGUUCGACGACACCGAAGCGCGGUGCGACUCGAAGCGACGUCCGAGGCGGCGACUGCGGAGACGAACGCGCCGCCGGCGGCGGCGGGGGAGUCGUUCGAUUGGUCCAGCGCGUGGUAUCCCCUUCGUCCGGUGAGCUUUUUGGAUGCCAACGAACCGAACGAGCUGCGCGUGCUCGGUAAAAAGCUCGUCGCCUACCUCGACCCGACGUGCAAGGAGUGGCGAGUGUUGGAGGAUAGCUGUCCGCACAGACGUGCGCCUUUGAGCCUGGGAUACGUUCAAAAAGACGGCACGCUGGCGUGCCGGUACCACGGCUGGGCGUUUGACGGCAAGGACGGCUCGUGCGUGUCCAUCCCGAUGUCCGUCGAUGAAGCCGCGGAAAAGACCGCGUGCGCAUCGCCGCGAUCUUGCGCUACGAGCUAUCCGAGCCGCGUCGAAGACGGAAUUCUCUGGGUGUGGCCGACGGCGGGCGCGGAUGGCCUUCUCGCCAGCGCGGGCGCGCCGUGCGCGACGUCUCUGGCGCGAGAAGGCACGCUUCCCGGGGAGUGGGGCAUGGUGGAGCUUCCCGUGGGUUACGCCCCGGCGCUCGAGAAUCAGUUUGACCCGUCUCACGCGGAGUGGUUGCACGCGAGGUACGACGCCGAAGGACAGCUCGACGAGCGCGCGAACGCGGGUUUCGUGGCCAUGACUGAGUUCAGCGUUCGCGAGGGGACGAUGCAAAAGGAUGGAUUCGUGGUCGAGCACGGUGGAUACAACAAGUCGAACGUCGGCGUAUCGGCAUCGCGCGUGUUCACCGCGCCGUGCUCGAGUCGAAGCGAAUACUUGGACGCCAAGGGUAAAAAGUACCUCUCGGCGGCGAUUCUCUACGCGCCGACGGAGCCCGGACGAACGCUCAUGUUUACAAAGUUCCAAGCCCACCAGGCGAGCGCGGUGCAGGGCGCGGGCGCGCGUAAGCUCGUGCGCGUAGGGCUGUCGCACGGCACGCCGCCGGGAUCGAGCGCGUACAACUUGGGGGACCAGGAUAUCUUAGCCAUGCACGGAGUUGAGGUCGAGAUGGAGCUUCAAAACAAACCGUGGAAACAAUCGUAUUAUUUGCCGACGCCCGCCGACGCUGGAGUGUCGGCGUUUAGAAAUUGGAUGGACAAGCACGCCGGAGGCAAAGUCGCGUGGGCGCCGGGCGUCGUCGACGACGCGUCGAAGGUGAAAUCCGAAGCCGAACAGCUGGAUCGGUACCAUCGUCACACCAAGCACUGCGUGGCGUGUAAGACGGCGCUCAGCGAACUCGGCGUGCUCGAAGAGCGAUGCGUCGCCGCGAGCAAGUACUUGCUCGCCGGCGGGUUGUUCCUCGCCGUCACGGGUGCAGCGUUCGAUCAAGAAGCGCCAGCCAUCAUCGCCACCUGUCUCGCCGGCGCCUCUCUCGUCGGCGCCGAAAAGGUUCGCGACAUGCAGCACGAAUUCCUGUCGAGCGUGCCUCGAAGAGGCGUGCCGAAACCGAAACUUUGGUGA